UAAAUUUUAAUAAUUAAAAUGUUCAUUCUAUUUUUAUUUUUCUAUAUGCACAUGUAAACGGCAAAUUCUGAGCAAAUACAGCAUUCCAUUUAAUAUCGAUGUGCAUUCGAGAUACGCAAUAAACGUUAACUUCUGGUUUUUGGACGCGCAUAGCGUUCGAACCUAUAAAUUUUACAAUUACAAUCAUAGCAAAUAUCACACACGCCGAAAAAUGAAUCGUAAUCCAUUUUUAUCACUAACAAGUACCAUCAUAAAAUUAAUGUUAUAAAUGAGAUGAUGGAAUAAUAUUACAAUAUGUAAUAUGAACAAUGUCGUCGCUCAUUCUUUUGCACGAUUUGCAUUUAAUGAUGCUAGAGGUUGCCGUAGAAAAUUUAUUUGUCCCUUGGACCACGGCGUUUGACAAAGUUAUCUUGAAGAAGACGAUCGUCAUGUUCCGUAUGCUGGACGAAGAUUGGACGUCGCUAUCACCAAAUCGAUGCGAUUGUCGUCCUUAUCAAGGCUCCAAUUAUGAAAACGAGAAAUUCUACGGUGGUAGAUCCGUCGUCUUUUCCGUGCCUGCAAAUUUCUUCGAGAAAGAAGCGAGUGGCAUCGAUGUCCAGUUAUACGUUCAGAGACAAGUGUGCAAGGAUUUUGAGAUGGCCUCGCGCCAGAGGAUCGGCUUUGCCGCUGUGCCAGUUGACGGUUUUCUGAACAGCAUCGCCAAACAGAUUCGCGAGCGGAACGAAUUGGCGGAACACUUGUCGGACUUCUAUAAACGGCAGAUUAUCUCGAGGUCCACAACGGGAACGUACAGUCUGCUAGACGAGAACUUCCGGAAUACAGCUGCCACGAUUUCGCUGUACAUUCGGAUUAGUUAUCUCGGCAAAUGCCUCAUAACAGAUAUUACGCGAGUCAAAAGUAUACGCGAAGCGUUUUACACUCGGGGAGAGUCGGACGAGAAACAGCCAUAUCUUUCUCGGCAGCUGACGUCGAAGGAGCUUCAAAGCGAUUGCUGGGAUGACGACGGUUUGCUUCGAGUUCCCCACAGUCGUUUAAUAUGCCGCUGUGAAGAGCUCGUUAAAAAGGAGGCUGCGGAUUUAGCCAGUAAUUGAUUCAGUUGCUUUAACAGGAUGCUAUUUAAAAAUGUUUAUUUUUCGGAAAAUAGGGAAAAAUAUCUUACUUAAUUCCAAGUAGUAAAAUCCUCUUCUAAACAUAAAUUAAAUUUUCUUUUAAAUUAAAUAAUAUCU